AUGCUGCGCAUGUACCGCGAAGUUGUGAUUGCAGUUGCGUUACUCUUGACUGGACACACAAGCGCCGCCGCACUACCUGCCCCUUCUGAUCCCCUUAUCGAUAUCUUGAACGGCGAGAGUCAGGGCUUUAAUGGAACGGCAACCUUCAAUAGUACCGAGAUUCAAGACAACGCUUAUCAAUAUCGGUGGUAUCAUGGAGGAACAUGCAACUGGGCAGAUACCGACAAAGGCACUGUGACCUGGGGUGGCUGGAGCCAUUGUAUCGACAAACCGGACAAUACACAGUGGACCUCGCUAGAAUUUGAUCGUCCGACAUAUGUUUGUGCGUGGUGUGGGAAAGGCUGCAAUGGAGGAGGAUCACGGUACUCUCAGCCUUCAAAUCCUGUAACAUGCAUGCGCACACCGUCAUAUUGUAAUGGCCUUGGAUCUUUUGUUGCAUAUCAACCUUAA